AUGGUCGAUCCUAUCGGGACCACCCUGGGAGCUGCGUCGCUCACAUUGCAGUUGCUUGAUGGCUGUAUUAAAGGCUAUAAAUACUUCAUUGCGGCCGCUGGCAUGCCUGAAGAUUGCCGGUACAUGAGAGUCAAGCUCCAGAUUGAAUACUCCCGACUACUGGAUUGGUGUGAGGUUGCAGGCCUCAUUGAGCUUAAAGACGGUCAAGAUUUGCCUGACAGUUUGAGAGCGAACAAGCUCACUUUGGUCGCUAUCCUCACGGAAAUCCGCGUAUCCAUGGAAGAUUUAGCUGGAAUUCGUGGCAAAUACGUCGACUUCAACUCAGCCGGGGAUACUGCAAGUGAGAAAGCAGCUAUCGAGACUGAUCUGCUCGGAGAGUUCUCACACUUAGCCAUUUCCUACGAAAAGGAGCCAGCCCAGCGCAACCAUCCUCGCAGCAGAAAUUACAUCGCACGCGGAACCAGCAUGGCCAGUAAAGUAGUGAAGCAUCCUAAAAGGCUGCAAUGGGUCCUCUUUGACAAGGACGUAUUUUUGAAACUCUUAGGGAGGUUGACUGAGCUCAACCAUCACCUGCAGGAGCUGAUGCAAGGGCAUCAGGCGCGGGCGCUUGAGAUAGCAACCCAAAAGACUUAUCUUGAGAUGGUACAGAUGCGGGCUUCUGUUGCAGAGCUCGCACACUUGGUGACGGCUGCAAUGCUACUGCAAGAGCAUCAUGGGGUUGAAUCCUCGAGUGCCUCGACCGGACUCCGCAACCAAAAGGCUCUAGCGUCUCUUGCUACCUUCAAAAGUCUCAAUGCUACCCAUGAUGUGCUUGUCCGAGAACACUCUGGUGUUCACCAAACAAACACGAGUCCAUCCCAGUUUUAUUAUUCGCAAAUUUACUAUGACAAUGGCAGUGCUUUAGCUUCCACGUCGGAUAGUAGAAUCCGCACGGAAGGCAAGCUGUACUCUGGCCACGGUACCGAGCAGCAUGUUUGGAUUGAAUGGAAAGGGUACAAUACCAAGCACGACCGCGGGCUAGAGAAGCAUGUGCCUCUGCCGAAGAAUUUGAAACGCGUCAAAGAAUUAGUCUCUCUGCUCCAGUCUGACAAACCAAAACAGUUCCAUGCGCCGCGUUGUUUGGGCUUCUUUGAUGACAGAGACGACAUCAAAGACAGCAACCAUGACGCCCGCUUUGGCCUGGUCUUCGAGAAGCCAGAGAACAGUGCCUCGCCAGUCUCACUUCGUCAGAUAAUGUUCACAAGACCCAAAGCAUCUCUGACCGAUCGAAUCUCCCUGGCUCACAAACUCAGCACUUGCGUGCUGUACCUCCAUGCUGUCAACUGGCUACACAAGGGCUUGAGAAGUGACGGCGUAAUAUUUUUCCCGGACUCUGAUACCCCGAGCAUAACAGAACCAUACGUCACCGGCUACGAAUAUGCCCGCCCGGACAAAGAUGGCCAGACUACCACGACUACAGUGGAGUUCGCCGAUUAUCUGAUGCUCUACGUCCACCCAAACUAUCAGGGCUCUGACGCCAAAGGCACCUACCGGAAAACCUUCGACAUCUACAGUCUUGGCAUCAUAUUGCUGGAGAUUGCUUACUGGAAGCCCAUCGAACAGAUCCUUGACAUCGACACGCACACCGCCAAGCCCGCUCAGCUGAAAGCGGUCCGCGAACGUCUCCUGGAGCCUGGUUCCGGGUACCUGGCAUUUGUGAAGGAGAAUCUUGGCGAAAGAUAUUAUACAGCCGUCAAAAGUUGCAUCGAAGGGCGCGCUGCGUUUGGUAUAGGCACUGAUGAAGUUGAAGGGGAUGUACAGACGGGGGCGAGGUUGCAGCAUGGCUUUAGCACGUUGGUUGUUGAUGCUUUGGAGAGUAUAAGUAUAUGA